AAGUGUUUUUUUUUCUGUGGCUCGCUCCGUUGUUUUCAGGUGCUCCGCGUUUUUAUGGCCCGCUCUUAAUCUUAUCGCAAAUCAAACCGCGGGCAAUGAGAAUUGUAAUUGCAUAUUUUGGCUAAACGGUAACGGUUUUUGCAAAGUGAUCUAAUUUUUGUGAGAUCUAACAUAUUAAAGACCGAAAUCCGUUUCGGAAAUAACGAAAUCGAAUUGCAGAAAAGUUUUUUCGAGUUGUUUGAGGUGAAAUAUGCCUGUAAAGACAGUUAAUCGUCAGCAAAGCCAAACGCCCGCCCAGCAAUUGCAAAUGCAGCAGCAGCGGGACGUUGAAAAUGGCCUUUAUCCAACGAUUCCUCCCGAGCGUCGAUCGCCACCAUCCCGUCCACAAACGCUGCGACAGGAUACCAUCGAUAUGGAGGAAAUACCACUGAAUAGGACUCAAGCCGUGGAGCCUGAGGAUCGCCGAAAAAUGCAUGAGAUCUUCGACAAGCACGACUCCGACAGGGAUGGACUGAUCAGCACCCACGAGCUGAAGGAGCUAAUCUCUGAUGGCUACUGCCGGGACAUACCCGCCUAUAUUGCCGAACAGAUCCUAAAGCGCAGUGAUCAGGACAACGAUGGCCAUUUGGAUUUCGAGGAGUUCUAUGCAAUGUCCCUGCGCCACAAAUGGAUGAUCCGCAAUAUGUUGACACGCUACUGCCGUUACGUUGUACCGCCACCGAAACCCUUGGAGGGCGAUGAACCUGAUGGUGCCUAUGAGAAGCAGAUGUCCAUCUGCCCACCGCCUCUUACCAUGGUCCUCUUUUCGAUCAUUGAGAUUAUCAUGUUUUUGGUGGACGUCAUUCAUUUCCAGGACGAUCCCAACUAUCAAGAUCGCAUAGGCGAAAGCACUAGCGGGCCGGCGGCCACAUUGUUCAUCUACAAUCCCUAUAAGCGUUACGAGGGAUGGCGCUUUGUUAGCUAUAUGUUCGUCCAUGUGGGCAUCAUGCAUCUGAUGAUGAAUCUGAUUAUCCAAAUCUUUCUGGGCAUCGCUUUGGAGUUAGUGCAUCAUUGGUGGCGCGUUGGAUUGGUCUAUCUGGCUGGUGUUUUAGCCGGAUCCAUGGGCACAUCGCUUACAAGUCCUCGCAUCUUUCUAGCUGGGGCAUCAGGUGGAGUCUAUGCACUGAUCACAGCCCACAUAGCCACGAUUAUUAUGAACUACUCAGAGAUGGAGUAUGCCAUUGUACAGCUGCUGGCCUUCCUGGUCUUCUGCUUCACUGAUCUGGGCACUUCGGUUUAUCGCCAUCUCACCGAUCAGCAUGAUCAGAUUGGUUAUGUGGCGCAUUUGUCUGGCGCCGUCGCAGGAUUGCUAGUGGGAAUUGGGGUGCUUCGUAAUUUAGAAGUGCGACGCUGGGAACGCAUCCUCUGGUGGGUGGCUGUCAUCGUUUAUUUUGCCCUAAUGACCACUGGCAUCAUUAUACAUGUCUUUGUGCCCGAUUACUUCCCGAAACAGGAGUACAACUAGCCCUAGAACUUAAGUCGUCCUAGCCCUAGAGCCCUAGCCUAGACCAUGUCCAAAAAGUGCACUUCGAUGUUGAUCCGAAGCUACUGCUGCUGCAGAGUACGCACAGUGCCUAUCCUAUCUAUAGGAUACCCCACUACCACCACCUUUAUUCCCUUCGACCAUGUGCCUAUCCCGAGAGCUGCAAAACAUAAUUUAUUUUCUUACACCUUGCCAUGGCAGCAUCUUCAUCCCAUCCCCAAAAUGUAUAUGGUAAACGUACUAUAUAUAUAUUAUAUUGUAUUCUCUCGAUCUACACAUGACGUAACGAAAUGAGAACAAAACUCAAAGCUGCAUUUUUGUAAUGUUGUACAUUUCGUGAAAAUUUGUUUUUUUUUUUAUAUAGAUCAACGAUUUUUUAUCAAGAAUAAUGAAGAGAUAUUUUUACUGUAUAUUUUUGGAGAUUUAUUAUUAAGAUCUUAUAUUUAAAUGCAAUAAAAAACAAUGUCUUUGUAUGGAGAAAAAUGA